AUGAAUCCCCCUGGCCGGUGUAAGCUGGCACCCUGUGCUCUUCUACCGCUCUUACUCCUUCUCUUCCUCGCAUCAGCCACACACGCUGCCUCGGCCGUUCUGGGCAUCGAUCUCGGCACCGAGUACCUGAAGGCCGCAAUCGCUCGACCUGGAUCGCCAAUUGAGAUUGUCCUCUCAAAGGACUCGAAGCGGAAAGAAACGGCCACACUUGCUUUCAAGCCAUCCAGAGCACAGGACAAGGCAGAUGAUGCAUUCCCGGAACGGCUGUAUGGUGGGGAUGCAGCUGCGCUCUCCGCAAGAUUUCCAAGCGACGUGUAUCCCAACCUGAAGAACCUGCUUGGCGUGGAAUACUCCGCGCCCGCUGUCAAGACAUAUGCCGCGCGGUAUCCAGGAUUGAGCAUCGAGGCGGUGCCCAGAGGCGAUAUCACGGAAAAGAAAGCCAGGACGGUGGGUUUCAAGAGCCAGAGCUUCGGCAGGAAAGAGGAAGUUUUCAUGGUGGAAGAGCUCUUGGCGAUGGAGUUGAAGAACGUCAAAAGUAAUGCAGAGGCCAUGCUUGCGAAGGGAGUAUAUGUCACAGAUGUGGUCAUUACUCAUCCGUCGUUCUACACUGCAGAGGAGAAGCGAGCGAUUGAACUGGCUGCGAAUUUGGCCGGGUUGAGAAUACUAGGUCUCGUCAGCGACGGACUAGCCGUUGGGCUUAACUACGCGACCCAUCGCUCCUUCGACAGCGUUACCGAUGGUGCGAAGCCUGAGUACCACCUUAUUUAUGAUAUGGGUGCAGGCUCCGCGACCGCCACGGUGCUCAAAUUCCAAGGGAGGACCAUCAAAGGACCUGCAAAGCGGAACUCGACAAUUCAAGAGGUCAUCGCUCUUGGAACGGGAUUCGACCCAACACUAGGUGGUGACUCUCUGAAUGAUGUCAUCGUCGACGACAUUGUAGCCCAGUUCGUUGAAUCGCCCAAGGUGAAAAAGCUGGGUUUGACGACGGGCCAAGUCAGGGCAAAUGGCAAGGCAAUGGCCCGAAUCUGGAAGGAAGCAGAGCGAGUUCGACAAUUUCUCAGCGCCAAUGCCGCGUCCGGAGCGACAUUUGAUGGACUCUACGAUGAUGACAUUACUUUCAAAUACAGCCUAUCGAGAGACAAAUUCGAAGAGCUCACAGCAGACUUUGCUGCACGUGUUAGGGCGCCUGUCGAUGCGGCAGUCCAGUUUGCAGGACUCCAGCUGGGCGACCUUGACUCGAUCAUUCUACAUGGAGGCGCAGUAAGAACUCCUUUUGUGCAGAAGCAGCUCGAGAAAGUGGCCGUCCGACCUGCGCAGCUGAAAUCCAAUGUCAACGCGGACGAGGCUGCCGUCAUGGGGGCUGCUUUCAAAGCCGCGUCGCUCAGCCCAAGCUUCAGAGUCAAGGAUAUUCGCGACACUGAUAUUUCAAGCUUUGCGUUCACGUUAAAGUGGAACUCUGACAACAAGGAGAAGUCGCAGAAGCUGUUCACUCCGUCUUCUCACGUUGGAGUUGAGAAGCAAGUACCGAUCAAGACUCUGGAGGAUGUGACGCUGUCAUUUUCCCAGACAGUUGAGGACUCGGACGCAACUAUCCUGCAAGUCGAGGCUCUGAACCUGACAAAGUCUGUUGCAGAAUUGCAAGAGAAGCAUAGCUGCGCAGCGUCAAACAUCAGCACCGUCUUUACAGUGCGGCUAAGUCCUGUGGAUGCUUUACCGGAGGUCGUUACUGGGUCUGUGAGCUGUGAGGUGGAGAGCACCAAGGGUGGUACGGUCAUGGACAACGUCAAAGGACUAUUUGGCUUUGGCAGGAAGGGCAAUGAACAGAAGGUCCUCGAAGACGACGACAGGGUUGAGGAGUCUUCCGAAUCUCUGACCCCAUUACCUGUGUCUGACCCUACAAGCUCUGGAUCGACCAUAUCAUCAGCUUCACCGUCCCCAGCAGAAUCCUCAGGCGUCUCGUCCUCAUCGUCUUCCACCAAAGCUGCCCAAGCCGUCAAAGCUACCCCCUCAGUUGCCUCUAUACCACUAUCACUGAGAACAACCGUGGUCGGUAGGAACUCCCCACCCAGCGAGACUCUCCCUCGUCUACGGCAGCGCCUUUCCCAGUUCGACACAUCUGACAGAAAUGCCGUGCUUCGGGCGGAAGCACUGAACACACUCGAGGCCUUCACCUACCGAGCCAGAGAUUAUCUUGAGGACGAAAGUUUCAUCGCCGGCUCGAGCGACUCCACUCGAGGGGAGCUUCAGAAACAGUUGACUAGCAUAUCUGAAUGGCUGUAUGGCGAAGGGCUUGAUGCCAAAGUGCAGGAUUUUAAAGCCAAGCUGAAGAGCCUCCACGAUCUGGUUGAUCCCGUUCUCAAGCGCAGAGAUGAGUCGACGAAGCGUCCUGACGCUGUGAAGGCUCUGAAGGAGGGACUAGAGAAUUUAAAUGGCAUGAUCACAAUGGUCGAGGGAAACAUCAAGAAAGCAGCAGAAGAUGCUUCCUCGAGCGCCAGCGAAGCCGCUUCGUCUUCAAGCUCCAGUUCCUCUUCAAGCUCUUCUUCCUUUGUUGCAGAGGGCGACGAUCUGGAUGAUGACCCUUAUAUCAGCACCACGGCAGCAGACGCAGCACAGACGGAUGGACCGCCGUUCAAGCCCUAUGAAUACACGAAUGAGGAUCUUUCAACGCUAACCACGAAAUAUGACGAGGUGAAGAAAUGGCUAGACGAGAAACUCGCUCUACAGGACAAGCUGGGACAAUACGACGACCCAGCCUUCAUGGUCUCGGAACUCGAGUCCAGGGGCCAAGAGCUGCAGCGACUAGUGUCUGAGACGAUUAUGAAGACGAUCAAGAUGCAAGAUAUACCCAGAAAGGGGAAGGCCAGCGGUGGCAAGAAGGGAGCAAAAGGCAAGCCAAAGAAGACCAAUUCUACUUCCGCUGGUCCCGGUAGCCCGUCUGGAAGUAACACGUCGACGCCUGCAGCCUCAGCUGGCUCAUCCACGGUUACCGUUUCCGCACCCAAGGCAACGAAGGGCGUCAAAGACGAGUUGUAG